AUGGACGCUGCUCUUCGUCAGUCGAAGGCAUUGUGUCCUUUCUUGAAGAAGACCUCUCCUGCCACUCUUCGCUCCCUUUCCACCUCUUCUCCGGCUCGCCAGGCCUCUCCCGGCGGUGGCAGCAUGUCCAAUUUGCAGACCAUUGCUCGUCGCUGCCCCGUCAUGGGAAAGGCUCUCGCCGUGCAAACCGCCAAAACCGCAAAUGUUGGACUGGGAGGCGUCGCUGCAAUCGGUGCAAUCCGGGCUUUCACAGGCAAGGCUAGCAAGAACAACUCUGGCAAGGCAGGAUUGCACACCACUCGUCCUCGCGAUGCUAAGAUUGAGGAUACCCUCUUUAAUCGCGAAACUCGAGUUCCCCUCCCUCAACAUACCAAACCACCCGCCGCCCACCAACACAAUGCACGUAAAUUCGAUUAUGAAGGGUUUUACAAUGCCGAGUUGGAUAAGAAGCACAAGGACAAGUCUUACCGCUACUUUAACAACAUCAAUCGCCUGGUCAAAGAGUUCCCGCGUGCGCACAUGUCCAGCAAGACCGAGAAGGUCACAGUCUGGUGCAGCAAUGAUUACCUCGGAAUGGGAAGAAAUCCACAGGUUUUGAAGGCAAUGCACAACACUCUCGACGAAUAUGGAGCUGGAGCGGGAGGAACCCGAAAUAUAUCCGGUCACAACCAACAUGCCGUCAGUCUCGAAGCAACACUUGCCAAAUUGCAUGCAAAGGAUGCUGCAUUGGUAUUUACCUCUUGCUAUGUUGCGAACGAUGCAACGCUCGCGACCCUGGGAAGCAAGCUGCCGGAUUGUGUCAUCCUUUCGGAUAGCUUGAACCAUGCGUCAAUGAUCCAGGGAAUUCGCCACUCGGGAGCCAAGAAGGUAGUCUUCAAGCAUAAUGAUUUAGCGGAUCUCGAAGCAAAGCUUGCUGCACUUCCCGCAGAAGUGCCGAAGAUUAUCGCUUUCGAGUCUGUUUAUUCCAUGUGUGGUUCUAUUGGUCCAAUUGAGGGUAUUUGUGAUCUGGCUGACAAGUAUGGCGCAAUUACCUUUUUGGAUGAAGUCCAUGCCGUUGGCAUGUAUGGACCACAUGGUGCUGGUGUAGCUGAACAUCUCGAUUAUGAAGCUCAUGUCAACGGUCGUCCUCGUGGGACCGUCAUGGACCGAAUUGAUAUCAUCACUGGAACUCUCGGCAAGGCCUAUGGUUGUGUUGGUGGUUAUAUUGCCGGCUCGGCCAAAAUGGUUGAUGCUAUUCGUUCUCUCGCUCCUGGAUUCAUUUUCACUACUUCUCUUCCUCCGGCCACCAUGAAAGGUGCAGAAACUGCCAUCGAGUACCAAAUGGAAUACCAAGGCGAUCGCCGGUUACAACAACUCCACACUCGUGCAGUCAAGGACUCACUUGAUGAACUUGAUAUUCCUGUCAUGCACAAUCCUAGUCACAUCAUUCCUCUACUUGUCGGCAAUGCUGAAAAAGCAAAGGCUGCAUCUGAUCUUCUCCUAGAGAAGCACGACAUUUAUGUUCAAUCCAUCAACUACCCUACCGUUCCGGUUGGCCAAGAACGUCUUCGUAUUACCCCAACUCCAGGUCACACCCGCGAAUUCCGCGAACAUCUUGUCUCUGCUCUGGACUCAGUCUGGACCGAGUUAGGCCUCAAGCGCACCAGCGAAUGGGCUAGCCAGGGAGGAUUUAUUGGUGUCGGUGAGCAAGGUGCCAAACAACCCGAACCACUCUGGACCGAUCAACAACUCGGUGUCGACAAGGUCGUCAAGGAGAUGAAAGCUGGUGGUCCAGUCGGCGUCAUGGAAGCACUUCUCGAAAGAGAGCGUGAAGAGAUGGCUAGGGCUGUUUCAGCUGCUGCUUAA